AUGCUAGCCGGCCGCUCUGGGGCUCUGGCCAGGCAUCUUCGGCAGCUUCCUUCUCAGCGCUCCCUUCCGGCAGGAACGCGGCGGCUUUUCUCGACGGUAAACGAUGCAGCUGCACUAACGCCCGUCUACGAGCGGCUGUAUAACAAAUAUGCAGAGGUUCGGCGGGUGCUGGGCCCGGACCGGCGCCUGACGCUGGCCGAGAAGAUCCUUUACAGCCACUUGGACAACGUGGAGGAGAAUCUGCUCACAAACACGGACAACGGGCGGGCGAUCCGGGGACAGGCGAACCUGCUGCUCAAUCCAGACCGGGCCAACAUGCAGGACGCGUCGGCGCAGAUGGCAUUGCUGCAGUUCAUGACGUGCAAGCUGCCACAGACGGCCAUUCCGGCCAGCAUCCACUGCGACCACCUGAUCGUGGGCGAGAAGGGCGCGGACUCGGACCUGGAGGCGGGCAUCGGGACCAACGGCGAAGUGUUCGACUUUCUCGAAUCGGCAGCCCGCAAGUACGGCAUCGACUUCUGGCCGCCGGGCGCAGGCAUCAUCCACCAGACGGUGCUGGAGAACUAUGCGAUCCCGGGCAUGAUGAUGCUCGGGACCGACAGCCACACGCCCAAUGCGGGCGGGCUGUGCACGAUUGCCAUUGGUGUGGGCGGCGCGGACGCGGUGGAAGCGCUUGUGGGGGCGCCGUGGGAGCUAAAGGCGCCUCGCAUGCUAGGGGUGCGGCUCACGGGCCAGCUGAGCGGUUGGGUGUCGCCCAAGGACGUGAUCCUGCAUCUGGCCGGGCGGUUGACGGUGCGUGGUGGUACGGGCUUCGUGAUCGAGUAUUCGGGGCCGGGCGUGGACACGCUGAGCUGCACGGGCAUGGCGACGAUCUGCAACAUGGGCGCAGAGGUGGGGGCGACGACAUCCCUGUUCCCGUACACAGCAGCCUCGGGACGGCACCUGGUGUCGACGCGACGAGGACAGGCGGCACUGGAUGCAGAGCGGCUGACGCAGUUCCGCGGCGUCAGCGGAGCAUCCUUCCAGUUCGCAGCGGACGAGGGCGCCGAGUACGACGAGGUGAUUGAGAUUAACCUAUCGGAGCUGGAGCCACACGUCAACGGUCCGUUCACGCCAGACCUGUCGAUUCCGCUGUCGCAAUUCGGCGAGACGGUGGUGCAGGAGCAGUGGCCGGAGAAGCUGUCGGCCGGGCUGAUCGGCAGCUGCACCAACAGCUCGUACGAAGACAUGACGCGGGUGGAGAGUCUGCUGAAGGCGGCAGCGGCAGCCGGAUUGCAGCCGGCAUCCGACUUUUACGUGACGCCGGGCAGCGAGCAGAUCCGGGCGACGCUGGAGCGUGACGGCACGCUGGAGGCGAUCAGCGAUGCUGGCGGCGUGUUGCUGUCCAAUGCAUGCGGUCCCUGCAUCGGGCAGUGGAAGCGGCGUGACGGGGUGGAAAAGGGAACGGCCAACGCGAUCUUCACAUCGUACAACCGUAACUUCCGGGGACGCAACGACGGCAACCUGCAGACAAUGAACUUUUUGGCGUCGCCGGAGAUCGUGACAGCACUCGCAUUCGCGGGCUCGACGACGUUCAACCCGCUGACGGACGCGAUCCCGACGGCAGACGGCGGCGAGUUCCGGUUUCCAGCACCACAGGGACUGGAGGGACCACCGCAGCCGUUUGACGAGGGCCGGGCAGCGUUUGCAGUGCUGUCACCGGCACCGGACGCGUCGAUCGAGGUGGCGAUCUCGCCAUCAUCGGAGCGGCUGGCAGUGCUGGAGCCGUUUGAAGCCUUCCCGGACGGCGACCUGGAAGGGCUCCGGGUGCUGGUCAAGGUGGCGGGCAAGUGCACGACGGACACGAUCUCGGCAGCCGGGCCGUGGCUCAAGUACAAGGGCCAUCUGCCCAACAUCAGUGCCAACACGCUCAACACGGCCGUCAACGCGGCGACAGGCGAGGUCAACGUGGCCUAUGACCUGGACGGCAGCCAGACGACGAUCCCGGAGCUGGCGCUGCGCUGGCGCGAACGCGGACAGCCCUGGCUGGUGGUGGCCGAGCACAACUACGGCGAGGGCAGCGCACGCGAGCAUGCGGCCCUGCAGCCACGCUAUCUGGGCGCACGCGUCGUGGUGACCAAGUCGUUUGCCCGCAUCCACGAGACGAACCUGAAGAAGCAGGGCGUCGUACCACUGACGUUUGCCAACGAGGCCGACUACGACCGCCUCGAGGCUGGCGACGAAGUGGCCACCGUCGGCCUGCACGCCAUGCUGCAUGCUGGCGGUAAGGGCGACGUGCAGCUGCGCGUCACCAAGGCCGCUACGGGCGAGCAGUUCCUGGUCUCGACCCGGCACGCCGUCAGCAAGGACCAGGCGGAGUUUAUUUUGGCCGGCAGCGCGCUAAACAUGUUGUCGAAAAGGUGA